AUGAGCGGGCAUCUGCACACCGCAUACGCGACGCAGUUUGGGGACCACGCCAUUGCGCCUCCUUCAGCGGCUAUCAAAGUGGAAGAAAGUGUACCCGACUACAUGCUUGAGAUACGCCAACAGCCCCAGCAUGCCCGCGUGGCACUGGGCAAGGACAAAGCCGAUCGCAAACCCAUCGAUCCACCACCAAUCCUGCAGCUUAAGGUCAGCCACAAAAAGGACCCCAUGCAGAACUUCCUCCAGAGUCCGUACUACUUUAUGUCCUGUUCUCUGUUGAAGGGCGACGAGACGUCCUCAAAAGAGCCGCUGCCUAGUUACCUCAUUGGGACCGUGGUCUCGUCAUUGCAUCGUCUCAAGGAUACAGACAAUCAGGACGGCGGUUUCUUCGUUUUCGGCGACCUCAGCUGCAAGGUGGAAGGCAAGUUCCGGUUGUUGUUUACACUGUACCAGAUGCAGAAGAUGGAGUGCGUGCACAUCACGUCCAUCGUGUCCGAUACGUUCCAGGUCUAUCCUACAAAGUCCUUCCCUGGACUCGCGGAGUCGACAUUCUUGACGCGCUCUUUUAGCGACCAGGGCGUGCGGCUUCGCCUACGAAAGGACUCCCGGAGCAUGACGACCAGGAAGCGGAAUGCGACAGCGGCCGAGUUUGCCCGGAAGCACCAGGAUCCGCGCGAUGCUGGGCGGAGAUCCAUCCCUACGCGUACGAGCAGUGCCGACGACAGCUUGCCGUAUGGCGCCACGACGACGAGCGGCAGUGCGUUUGACCCUCACGUGGCAACGGCGUAUGGCCACUACGACCCCGACAGCGCCGGCCUCGGUUCGAAGCGGCGCCGCCUCGGCAUCGACGACGUACCACCGCCGCCUCCUCCAUACACCGGCGGUGUGCCCAGUGUGGCAGCCGGAACAUCCGAUCUCGGCGGGUACGGUGCGCCACGGGCCGCUGCCUAUCACAGCAUCGGUAUGCCGGUUAGCUCGUCCCCGUAUGGGCUGCCGAUUCAGACAACAACGGCCACCCUCGGGUACAGCCAUGCAGCGCCUCACACGCACCACCUCAACCGUCUCGACACGCAGCAACUGGGCGGCGGCCCGCAUGGUCCGGGCUCGGCCGGUCAAGGCACGUUCCAGUCGCCGUCGAGUCGGCACUCACCACAGCACGCGUUCCAGUACGGCGCACUCCAAGCAUCGCCGUCGUCCAUGGGCUACCAGCCCUCGAGCGCGGCGUCGACAUCCGCAGGGCACGGGCUCACGGGCAGCCCUGCCGGCGAUUACCGACCACACCCAGGCCCCAUGUAUACGAGCAACGCGUCCGCGGACGCGAGCCCACGUACGCACGCGACACCCAACCCGAACAAUACGACGCCCAGCGGCACGAGCACGAGCCCCCCCGACGCCACAGCCAACUACACGGCGGCAGCCGCCACAGGAGCAGCAAUGACCCCAUACACGCAGAGCAUCGGCACGUAUAGCUACGCGCAAGCGCUCGGCGACCCGCAGUCGCAUUUGACGGGUGCGCCGCAGUCGAUGGGCACCUCGCGAUCCAACGGCUUGCCAUCGCUCGAUCUGACCCACGUCAAUGGAAGCGGACUGGGUUUGGAUCUCGGCUACGGAGACGUCGAACGGCACAACUCUGGCCAAGCAUCAUAA